GCUGCCUGGAUGGCCGGUUCCUGCGACUGCCCUGUGCGCCGGGCUUUCUCGCAGCCCAGGGACGUGCGCUUCCUUCUCCCGCAUCGCACUGCAUGCUGUAACCUGCUGCUGAACCAACAAAUUGGAAACAAUUCAUAGCAUCAAAGACUUCAGACUGAUGCCGCCUAUCAAGCCUUCAAGCACUGUGAACUGAAACUACUAAUCUUGGAGUUUGUCACGUGAGUCAAAAGGAAUGCUUUUCUGAUAUUAACAAGGACUAUUACUGCCAUUAUGACGAGCCAGGAGAAGCGGCUUAACCUUAGUCCUGGAGAGUUCUCUCAGCUUCAGAAAUAUGCAGAAUAUUCCACUAAGAAAAUUAAGGAUGUCUUAGAAGAGUUCCAUGGCAGUGGUGUGUUAGCAAAAUAUAAUCCUGAAGGGACAAUUGAUUUAGAGGGAUUCAAGCUGUUCAUGAAGACUUUUCUGGAGGCAGAGCUACCUGAUGAUUUCAUUGAGCAUCUUUUUACAUCAUUUAGCAACAAAAUCUCUCACUGCAGCCCAUUAAUAAAAAACAAACCCCCGCUCCUUUCUGGAGUUAAAGUGUCUGAAGAGAGAUGGAAACAGAUGCCAGGUCUGAGACUUAACAAAGGUACCUCUACAUCCCGACCUCCUACACCUGCCAACUUGAAUUUACCAGAUGCGAUCCAGCUGAAAGACAUUGUUUGUUAUUUAUCACUGUUAGAAAGAGGAAGACCUGAAGACAAGCUAGAAUUUAUGUUUCGUUUAUAUGAUACAGAUGGAAAUGGAUACCUGGAUAGUUCGGAGCUGGAAAAUAUCAUUGCACAAAUGAUGCAUGUGGCAGAGUACCUUGAAUGGGAUAUUACUGAACUGAGCCCAAUUCUUCAUGAAAUGAUGGAAGAAAUUGACUAUGAUCAUGAUGGCACUGUUUCUCUAGAAGAGUGGAUCCAAGGAGGAAUGACAACAAUCCCACUCUUGGUCCUUCUUGGAUUAGAGAAUAAUGUGAAAGAUGAUGGGCAGCACGUAUGGAGACUGAAGCACUUUAACAAGCCUGCUUAUUGUAAUCUUUGUUUGAACAUGCUAAUCGGAGUAGGCAAGCAGGGCCUCUGCUGUUCUUUUUGCAAGUAUACAGUCCAUGAACGCUGUGUCUCAAGAGCUCCUGCGUCUUGCAUCAAAACAUAUGUGAAGUCCAAAAAGAAUACUGAUGUAAUGCACCAUUUCUGGGUGGAAGGAAAUUGUCCAACAAAAUGUGACAAAUGUCAUAAAACCAUAAAAUGUUACCAAGGUUUGACUGGACUUCACUGUGUUUGGUGUCAGAUCACAUUGCAUAACAAAUGUGCUUCACAUCUAAAACCUGAAUGUGACUGUGGACCUUUGAAGGACCAUAUUUUACCACCCACAUCAAUCUGCCCAGUAGUAUUGACGCUACCCACUUUAGGAGGUUUGCUCCCUGAGGAAAGGCAGGCAACAGUGAAAAAAGAAAAGGGUUGUCCCCAGCAAAUGAACAAACUGGGAGAACGAAACAAAAUGCAGAGAGCAAAUUCCAUCACCGUAGAUGGACAAGGUCUUCAGAUCACUCCAGUUCCAGGCACUCAUCCACUUUUAGUUUUUGUCAAUCCUAAAAGUGGUGGGAAACAAGGAGAAAGAAUUUAUAGAAAAUUUCAGUACCUUUUAAAUCCUCGUCAAGUUUAUAGUCUUGCUGGAAAUGGACCAAUGCCAGGGUUAAAUUUUUUUCGAGAUGUUCCUGAGUUCAGAGUACUAGCAUGUGGUGGAGAUGGGACAGUAGGCUGGAUUUUGGAUUGCAUAGAGAAAGCAAACUUGCUUAAGCAUCCUCCAGUUGCAAUUCUUCCUCUUGGGACUGGCAAUGAUUUAGCAAGGUGUCUGAGAUGGGGAGGAGGUUAUGAAGGUGAAAAUUUAAUGAAGAUCUUAAAAGACAUUGAGAACAGCUCUGAGAUUUUGCUGGACAGGUGGAAAUUUGAAGUAAUACCCAACGAUAAAGACGAGAAAGGAGAUCCAGUGCCUUACAACAUUAUCAAUAACUACUUUUCAAUCGGCGUGGAUGCUUCAAUUGCCCAUAGAUUCCACAUCAUGAGAGAAAAACAUCCAGAGAAGUUCAACAGUAGGGGAAUACAGCUGGCAAGUUCAAAGGCAUACAAAGAUGUUGACACACCUAAGUCUGAUGUUAAACCAAAUCACAGAAUGAAGAACAAAUUUUGGUAUUUUGAAUUUGGCACUUCGGAAACUUUCUCAGCCACCUGUAAGAAGCUGCAUGAAUCUGUAGAAAUAGAAUGUGAUGGGAUUCAGCUAGACUUGAUCAAUAUUUCUCUGGAAGGAAUUGCCAUUCUGAACAUCCCAAGCAUGCAUGGUGGAUCAAAUCUGUGGGGGGAGACAAAGAAAAGACGCAGCCAUCGUCGGACAGAAAAGAAGAGAUCAGAUAAAAGAACCACAGUCACAGAUGCCAAGGAACUGAAGUUUGUAUGCCAAGAUCUUAGUGACCAGCUUAUGGAAGUGGUUGGUCUGGAAGGAGCCAUGGAGAUGGGUCAGAUAUAUACAGGCCUGAAAAGUGCUGGAAGAAGACUUGCCCAGUGCUCAUCCGUUGUCAUCAGGACCAGCAAGUCUCUGCCUAUGCAGAUAGAUGGGGAACCUUGGAUGCAAACCCCCUGCACGAUAAAAAUUACCCACAAGAACCAAGCCCCUAUGUUGAUGGGUCCUCCUCCAAAAACUGGUCUUUUCUCUUCUAUCAUCAAAAGAACAAGGCACCACAGCAAGGAAUAAGUCUGUAUAGUUUAGUUUUUAGAAAAUCAAUUAGCUUUGUUGGGCUUUGGAAUAUUUAUGCUGGAAAUCUUUCAAAAAUUUUAGACUAUCUUCUACUUGCAAAUUCAUGGAUUUUUAUUUAAUAGUUUCUGUAACUGAGCUAAUGUAAAACUAUGCUAUUAGAAAAAAAGUUAUUGUCACAGGUUUGUAGGCAUUUUGCAUGAAGAAAGCAGAUGUUUACAUAAAAUGAUAAAGCAUUUUUUUGUUGUUGUUGUUGCAUGAAGUACCAUUUAUUAAUCUAUGGGAUAAUUUUGCCAUGGAAUAUAGGAAGAGAAUGCCAUGGGUAAUUUGAUUUUCUCUCCAUUGCAUUUCUAUUUUUUGUGUGUGCUUUUUUCUAUUAUAAUGAUCAUUUACAAUAAGUUCAGUAGUGUCAGUUGAAUCAAACAUCUCCACAUCAAUAACCAAUGAGACCUGGUUCAGAGUAAAGUUUAUUACCAGUCUCAUUAACUUUUACUUAUAUUUUAUCAUUUGUUUCUACCCUGAGAAUAUUUUUAUUCAGCUAAGUAUUCAAAUCUUAAAUCUUAUUCUGAUAACUUCUAUGUAUGUAACUGUACCUGCUGAAAACUUAAAAUUCAAUGUAUGCAAUAUUCAAAUGAUUAUGAUCAUUCUUGUGUAGGUAUUUGCAAGACUUGAAGUUUGAGCAAAAAUUAUCUGGUUAAAGAGAUCAUUCAAAGAUUGAAGAUAGUAGUAUUUGCAAAAGUAGCUAUCAGUAUUAUCUGUUGAAACACUAGAGUCAUUUUAAUGAGCAAUACAUCUCUGGAGCAUGGUAAACUUUAAAUCAUUCUGCAUUAUUGACCAAUAGUAUAGUGUGUAUGCACACAAAUAACCAAAGCUCAUGCUUAAUAAAGUGCAUUUCCCACCAAAGAUUUAGUGAAGGAUACUUCAGAGAAAUGAGCUAAUUCAUAAUUAAUCAAGAUCACUGGAAUAGACUCACCUCUGAAAGUUUAGAGUUCUUUUGAUUAUGUCAGCAAUGUCCUGACAAAUGUUGAGAUGGGGAAAAAAAAGCAUUAAAUUGCAAAUGCUCAAUUUUCAUUUAUUUCAUAAGCCGAUAAACACAUAUUCUAAAUAUUGAAACAUACAUAGUUUAAACAUUGGAAAAUUAAAUAUAUGUCUAAUUUUAUUUUUAUUAUUAUUUAUAUAUCUAUGCUAUCCAUAGUUUACUUGUCCUCUGAAUUAAUAUAUUAAGGAAAGGAUAAACAGGUAUCCAUUUUCCUUUCGUAGUCUCAUUGCCUGGAAUAAAAACAUCUCUUGUAAUAAAUUUGGGGGAAACAAUUUUUCAGAUUUUUACUUAGCCCUCUGAAAGACUUCCUAACAGCUUAGAAAUAAUAAUACAGGGAUUUGUCUGGGGUUUGCACAACACUGUCUAAUGUUGAAGGGAAGUCCAAGAAUGGCAACUUUUUUUAGUCGUGCAUAUCAACAGGCUCAAUCAAAACUUCUGUGCAGUCUUAACAUUGCUCAGAGUGAGCUGCUUCUCAUCUCUGCAUGUCUUAAGUUCUCAGAAAUUUCAUAAAAAAAUACAAAAAAGUAAAACUUUGCUUGAAAUGCAUGAUUUCCCAUUUUUAUCUAGAUUUUUAAAUGUUAAUGAUUUAUUAAAUCUAUUUUUGUAUUGAUUCAUUCAUCCAUCAAAAAAAUAGUAUGUGAUCAUUCUGUAGUGCACGACACUGUGCAUGUACUUAAUGUUGAUAUAAUUUCUUCCUCAGUGUAAGAAUUCACUCCUAUAAAUCCUAAUUUAUAUAAUAGAUGCCGAAAUAAAAAUCAGUAUAUAGUUGGUAAGAAUUAUGAUUUUGAAAUAUAUGAUCAGUGUUCUGUAAACAUUAGGAGGUAAAUACUGAUUAAUGUUAUGUUCAGCAUUAAGUAGAAAAAUAGGAGGUCAAUUACUUGCUAAAAUUAAGGUCUUCUGUUCCCCAUUCUUGGGUCCAGUGUUGGGUCCAAUCAGUUACCAUACUAGUGAACUCCUUUUUUUCCAGUGCAUUGCAAGCGUACAAACACAAAAGUAUUCGAUGCACUUGUUGACUGCAUAUAUAGAAUUAUAGAAGUAACAAUUAUAGAAGUAACGAUAUCUGCAAAAGAAGGAACUUGCUGACAUAAUAUUACAUAAAGUGCAUAUUGGUUUUAUGAAAUUAUGGUUAUAGGUGAUAUUUUCAGAUAACUUGACAUAGGAUUUUCUACCAGUGCUCUUAACUUUUUGUGGCAAAGAUGUGUUUAAUGAUAAUAUAUAACGUGUUCUCUGUGAUUAUCUCAUGAACAUUGUAACUCUGAAAACAAAUAAAAAGAUACAUAAGCUAUUCUUUAAUAAUGUAUGCAAUUUUAAACUGCCAGUCUGAAUAGCAAAUUCUUCACAACAUGCUUUUUCAUAUAAAGAGGAAUAGAUGGGUAAUCAUGUAAUCACAAUUACAUACAGUUCUGACUAGUUGUAUAAAAGGUAAAUCCAGAUGCAUUUGUCAGUUUGUAUCAAAUUCUUAUGGUAGCAAAAUAUAAUGGAGCAGCUAUGAUACUACAUAUUGACAUAUGAUAUCAGUGACAUCCUGUCUGUCUGUAAAUUGUGUUUGUUUAUUUGUUUACAGUGGCCUCUAAUAAUAUAAAACCACAAUCAAGUUGAAUGUGUUGAUGAAAAGCUUAGAGCACAUAAAACAUACUAGGAAACGAAAUGCUUGGUGUAAUGAAAGAGAAUUUCUCUUUUUUUUUUUCCUUUUCUUCCACUUCAAUGUGUGCAGAACUAGCAUUGUGAAGUUACAUUUUUGUAUAUGAAGUGAAGCUAUGAAUAUAUGUAUGUAUAGAUGAACUGUUCUUAUAUUGACUGGAUAUUAAGAGUAGUACCUGUAAACCUUCCACAGUUUACAGUGAGGUAUUCUUUAAAGUCUCAUUAAUGACAUUUACAACAUGAAUGGAAAUUAUAACAAUGUAGAAAUUAUGUCUGGCACCGAAUUGGCAAAUUUUUCAUCUCCCUAGUAGGAUGUUGCAGGUGGCCAAUGUGCUGAGGAAAGCAUCACUUUCAAUUCAGUUCCUAUUAAACUCAGAAUUUGGUGCAGAGACAAAUACAGUGUUACUGCUUCCAGUACUUGCAAGGUAUUUGUAUGUAUAUCAUCACAAUUAUUUAAAGCUGAGGGGUUAGAUGUCAUGUUUUAUGCUUAUUGGAGUGUGUAUGCGUACUCUAGAUCAGGUAACGUGUUAAUACACUUAGGACUUUGACGAUCUAAGAAACACUUAAUAUUAGUUUCUGAAACAAGUAGAUGCCCUAUAACACUGUCUCAUUCUUAUCAACUCUGUUUUAUUACAUAUAAGUCAUACCAAUGAUUACCUAAUAUUCAAAAUUAUCUAUUGCAAAUAAAGUCAACAAGUUCAUCAUGUUUGAAAAUCUCAGUAUAAGAAGUAAUUACAGUUAGAGUAUCUGGGUUUGACAUUAUAAGAAGCUAAGAGAAAAACAUCCUUUUUUAAGUGUGGUUGAUUUCUUUUGCUGUUUAUGUUGGUUUUAUUUUGUUGGUUUGCUGUGGGUUUUUUUGUUUCUUUUUUGUAGUUGCUUUUCUUUUAUUGCUGAGACUAUGGAUGUUCAGACAUUUGCAACAAGCUUCUCUGUGAUUUAAGAUACUAGCAGUAUUCUGUAAGUUACUUCAAUCCCAACUUGUUACUGGGACUUAUAACUUUGACAAAGAUCAUAGGGAGGUUCCUAGGAAGGAAGACUUCCUGGGAAGCAGCCACUUUAAAGGAGUAUAGUCCAUCACCUGUCUGGAGAAGACUAAAGGAAAUGGCUGCAAAUCUGAAAAAAAAAAAAUCCAGAAUAAUUACCUCUAGGCAAGAAAUCCAGGGAAGAGCAGAGGUGAACUCUGCUAAGCAAUGAAAAAAAAACAAAUGUUAAAAGUGAUGUGCAAAAAAAAAGUACAAAACAAACCACAAAAAUUGUGUGGGGCCAGAGUGGCCAGGUAAAGUUAUUCGAGACUAAUGAGAAUUAAUGUGCCAACAAAAUUAAUUAUGUUAAUCUGGAGUCUUGUUCUAUUUAGAAUGAGGGAUGUGGAUAGUGUUGUUGUUUUUUAUUUUUUUUCUUUUGUGGGGAGUGUCAUAGAUGUUAGAUCAAGUGGAGCCUCAUUGAGCCUUUCCAGUGAAGGGAGAAAGAUUUGUGAAUGAAAGAAAGAUAUAUAAUAUACAUAAUUGUAUGGGAAUUGUUGAGUCAUGACCUGAACCACUGAUUGAUCACGUGAGGCAAGGACUGAGCCAGCCAUGGGAGCACAGGUGAAAGCAAUUCACCUGUGUGACUGGAAGGGGUGGAGCCUGACUGCACCUCUCCUAGACCUCAUUUAAGGCUGACAGCCACUGGGGAGGAUCUCUUUCUGGAGAUUCCUGGUGUUUUCUACUGUGAGCCUAGAACAUGGGUGAGCAUUUCAUUUUUGAUUGUCUUCCAUCAUGAUAAUUUUUUAAACUAUAAACCUGUGAAAUACUAUCCUAACCACACCACUCUUCUAACUUUUGUCAAUUGUACAUAUAAUCAAAAAGGUAAAGAAUCUUCUAGGCUUUUGUUUAUUUCUGAAUGCUUUUAUAACUUGAAAAAAAUUGGCCUUGCUAUUAAGUGAGUUGAGCAAAACUGCUAAGCAGUUAGCAGGGAAGUUAAUAAAUGAAUUUAGAAAGCUGAGGUGGUUACAAGAACUGCUCCAUGUUUUAUGCAAGAGUGGUAAAGAAUAUGCUAACCUCUUGUCAGAUAAUUGCUACUUGUCUCUAGCUUUACAAGGUCUGAAAGCAUUUUGUUUUCCCUGUAUAUAAGGAAGGAAACUUCUUGUGGUCCUGUUGAGGUGAGUAAAAGCCUUGCAGUACCCUGGCUGCAAAAUAAAUCAAAAUGCCAGAUCUGGAAGUUAAAUCUCUGUUAAAGAGAUAUAAACUAAUAAGUGAAAAUUCAUGGCACAUGAGGAUCUGAGGAUGAGCUGUGCAGGAAUACUUAUCUGAUGGUGCAAGCUCUGUCCAGGUUUGUAAAGAUUAUUUGGUUUCUGCCAAACUUGGUCUUCUACUAUGGAGAACCUGCUGGGUUAUGUAGCCUAAUUAGCAAUCAGUUGUUGGAUAUCUUGUUAAUUUUGGAUAAGCACAUUUGAUCUCUCCUGUGAAGUUGUUCUGUGGCCAAUAAGCCUUUUGGAAGAAGACAAUAUUUGGGGCAGAAAGACUUAAAUAGCUUGUUGUUGGAUAGCUUUUUAUUUGGAUGUAGCAAAAGUAUUGUCAAGUUCAUGGUGGUUUCAUGAAGGCCUGUGCAGGAAUAGAGUUGUUUCAGUACUAUGCCCACUGCAGCGUCAUUGAGCCAUUUCCAGAUUUGGUUCUUUGUAAAACUAUCUUCUGCUUUUCAGCAAGUCUUGCACCUCUUGUAGUGCCUAUUCCAGGUGGGGCUGAGAGGACUGGAGA